AUGGAGAACGAGAAGGAAAGAAUAUCGGACGAGCAGCCCAGGGACGGUCCUCAAGAGCCCAUGCUGCCGACAGUCAACCCAGCUGUCUCAGCAAUAACGGAGAAGCCUGAACCAGCCAAGGGCUCGAUACACCCUGCCUUCUACAUCGCUGAUUGUAUAGCCAUCCUCCUCACCUCCUGGCACCUCGGCUUCGCGACCCUCAUGACCCAACUCCUCUCCCGCACCACCACCCUCCUGGACUCCCGCAAACGCGUCCCCAUGACCGGCCGCGUCUACCUCCGCACCAUCCUGCCCAUCGGCCUCAUGUUCUCCCUCUCCCUCAUCUGCGGCAACUUAACCUACCUCUACCUCUCCGUCUCCUUCAUCCAGAUGCUCAAGGCCACGAUGCCUGUCGUCACGCUCCUCACGUCCUGGGCGAUGGCCGUGGAGCCUGUUAGUCUGAAGAAGCUAGGGAAUGUGAGUUUUAUCGUGCUCGGGGUGGUGGUGGCGAGUUAUGGCGAGAUCCAAUUCGUCCUCAUCGGGUUCUUGUAUCAGUGUGGCGGGAUCGUCUUCGAGGCCAUGCGCUUGGUGAUGGUGCAGCGGCUGCUGAGCGGGGCGGAGUUUAAGAUGGAUCCGCUCGUGUCGCUGUACUACUUCGCCCCCGUCUGCGCGCUGAUGAACGGCGUCAUCGCGCUCGUCGUCGAAGUACCGCGGAUGACGUUCGUCGAAGUCCAGAACGUCGGCUUCUCCGUCCUGAUCUUGAACGCUGUGAUCGCCUUCCUGCUGAACGUCAGCGUGGUCUUCUUGAUCGGCAAGACUUCCUCUCUAGUAAUGACCCUCUCCGGCGUCCUCAAGGACAUCCUCCUCGUCUGCGCCAGCAUGCUCAUCUUCCGCGACCCCGUCUCGGGUCUGCAGGCCUUCGGCUACUCGAUCGCGCUCUUCGGCCUCGUGUACUACAAACUCGGCGCCGAAUCGCUCAAAGAAUACAUCUCAGCUGGACUACGCAGCUGGGCGGAUUUCGGCCAGCGGAGGCCGGUGGCGAGGCGGUUGACGAGUCUUGCGUUUGGAGUGGUGGUGGUUAUUAUGAUGUUGGCCGUGGUGAGUGGGACGGGCGCGGUGCCGGAAAGGUAUGAUCCCGGGAGGGUGGUACAUGGGUGGUUGUGGAAGGCGCUGGGAAGUUUUGGGAAGACGGGGCAGUGA